AUGGCACAUGCCUCAUGUGAGCCAGAGAUCUCUUAUCCUGCUCCUAAGUAUGAUACACAUACUUUGAAGGACACGUUCGAAAAAAUUGAAACGCAAUUCAAAUCUCUCCUCGACGCCGGCUCUCUGAACGGAAGCUCUUUCUCAUUGGAAGUUUCUUCUUCCACCCAACUUCUGUACUCCCACUAUCACUUUGAUGAGUCCUUGGGUGGCAGCCCCAUCAACAGUUCUUCGGUCUAUCGGAUCGCCAGCAACACCAAACUUUUCACGGCAUUGGGGAUCUUGAAGCAAGAAGCAGAGGGUAGAAUCAGACUUGAUGAUGAAGUGACCCAAUACAUCCCAGCUCUUCUCAGCGGAAAUGAGCGAACCAAGUGGAGAGGCAUCACUAUCAGAUCGUUGUUAGCUCAUCUAGGCGGACUACCGGACAACUAUGGCGAUGAGGAUCUAUUGCUUCAACUCUCCGAUCCCUCUGCAAUUGGUCUUCCGCCAUUGAGCAAAUCCCAAUCGAACUCUCUUCCAAAAUGCGGUGCAUACAGCGAAUGGGAAAUUCCUUGCACUGAUUCAGAUAUGAAUGGCUAUCUCACACAGACAAACACGGUCUUUCCACCACAGAUGGAAACUUCCUACAGUAAUGUUGGAUUUGACCUCCUCGGUCAGGUUUUGGCAAACGUGACCAACAUGAAAUACGAGGACUACAUCAACAAGGAUAUCUUAAAACCUCUUGGUCUACAUGAGACAUCCUUUGACGCGCCCGAUGAUUCUGCCGCUGCUAGUGCUGGAUCAGGCUCGGACUGGGGUGUGAACGAAGGAUCUGACAAUGCGAGUGCCGGAAUAUACAGCUCCUCGUCGGAUAUGAUCAAAUUCCUACGCUGGGUUCUCGCGAACCAUGAAAGCAUUACCCCAACAAUCAACUGGUUUCAGCCUACAGCUUGGAAUUCUGGGUCUCAUUCUCUUCUUGGAUACCCGUGGGAAAUAUUCAGGACUACAUCCAUUAUUCCAGACACGAAGCGCCCUGUCACAUUUUACACAAAAGGCGGAGGCUUGACUAAGUACUACUCAUACAGCAUCAUAGUUCCUCAGUAUGAUCUUGUUGUUUUCAUGGGCGUGGCUGGAGACCUGACCGUGCUGAACAAUAUCUUCACGGACGUUCUAAAUCCUCUUGUCACGGCAGCGGAGAAAGAGGCGCAGUCUCAGUUGAAGAGUUCUUACGCAGGAGUGUAUAAAUCCACCGAAAAGGGUUUGAACUCUUCGAUAACUUUCACUCAGACUGAGCCCCGAUCCCUUCAUAUUUUCUCAUGGAUCUCCAAUUCAACGGAUGUGGUGGACAGCCUGGCAUCGUUCGUCUCAUCUGCGGCAGGCACUACCGGUGAAUUGUAUUUCCAGCUCAUUCCCACUUUCAAGACUAGGCACUCGAGGGACGGAAAGAUUGGCGAGGUAUGGCGCUUCAUAGAGGUCAUUGAUGACUAUGAGUACCCAAUAAAUGCCACAACAGUUUGGAACGACUAUUGUGUGGUCAAUAUUGAUCCUUUCUCAUAUGGGGCGGUGCCGCUGAACGAAGCGGUAUUCUGGAGAGAUGGCGCUGAUUCCACAUCCCGGGUGCAAUCUGUGACACUCUCGGCGUUUAGAGUUGAAUUGCAGCGAGAGUGA